UAAAGGACGGAAACCCUAUUUUGUUUACCUCAUAGCGAACCCUUGAAGUUAUUGCCAUUGCAAGAGCAGCAGAGAUCUUGGAAGCCUUUUACGUUGCCACAGUCGGUGGCUGCUAGCGCUGGGGCUUAGGAGGCUUAGCAGACACCAUGGUGAAGCUCGUGCGGUUCCUUAUGAAGCUGGCAAAUGAGACGGUACAAAUAGAACUUAAAAAUGGAACGAUCAUUCAGGGAACUAUCGCUGGUGUUGACAUUGCCAUGAACACACACCUAAAAGCUGUCAAAAUGACACCCAGGGGCAAGAACCCCGUUAGCCUGGACCAUCUGAGCGUCCGCGGCAACACUAUUCGGUACUAUAUCCUGCCAGACAGUCUCAACCUGGACACGCUGCUGGUGGAUAUUGACAAGCCCAAGCAGCGACCCACGAAGGUUCGAACAGCUGUCGGGAGAGGUCGCGGGCGCGGCCGUGGGCGUGGCCGUGGGCGUGCACGGUAGAGUUUGGAGCAGCCUUCUAUGGACGUUCGCAUCUUCGGGUUGGAG